UCCAAAAGCUGUGUGGGUUUAAAGCAAACUUUAACCUUUGUUCUUUGUGGCUGCGUAGACAGCAUAUACUUGCUAUGUUAGUCUCAUGGUAAUUUAGAACUGGAAAAGACUUCCUGGUCACCCAGCUCAUUGCUUUCCCAAGCAGUAUCUCCUAAUCCCUCUUGUAAAUUAGUCCAGCCUAAAAACAAUUACAUCUUUUCUUCUCUCCUCCUGUAGAUUAAGCCAUUACUGGAGAUGACAGAUGUAGCUGUGCAGUUAGGAACUUUCUUUUGAUUCCCAGACUGAACAUUCAUGCCAGUUUAUAUACUUGUUUUAGCUUGUGUUCCUUUUUUUUCUUUUGUGUAAAGACCGCUUCUUAUUUUCAGUGGUUUACCUCUUUUGCUGUAUGCUGUAAAAUGUGGUUGUAUACCCUCAUCUGUGGUUUUGCUGUGCUGAAUGACCCAAGUGCUAUCUAGUAGGUUCUUGAAUAACAACUGUUAUAGUCAUUCUUGGUCUGGGUGAAUCUCCUCUGAGUCAUCACAAAAAGUGUGUGCUGCACCCCAGAGCAGAUCUGGCAAGAGACCUGUUUGCUGCUACCUUGAGUAUAUCACUUAAUCACCUCCGCUCGCCUCUGUUUCAUAGAUGUGUCUGUGGUGGCCAAUGCACCUUUCUUCGUUAUCUCAAACUUUUUGGUGCUCAGCUUUCUGGUGCUGAUAUCACCAUCUGCAUUUCAAAACUCUCCUCUGUUUCUGUUACUCGGUGCUUUGUGUCUCUGCUGUACCAGUAACACCUUUCAUCGCUGUGGGUGCACCUGUAGUAUUUGUGCUGAGGUCAUUCCUAACAAAAUCACAGUGUUCCUAAGGCUGAUUCUUGAGGCAUGUUUCUGGUUUCCAGGCUGGUAUUUUCUUAUUCAGCAUCACCUGGGGCUGUCUGCUGCUAAGCCAGCUCCUUUGUCUGCUUUCCUGUUCCUCUGCCAAUCUGUCUUAACUAGUAAAUCUCCCUGUGCCUUCUGAAGUCCAUGUGAGUAAGGAAGGCGUAGUACAUUGGUCUAAAAAGAUCACUUCUUUUGAGAAUCUUCAGGUUAGUCUGUCAUAUUGAACUAUUUCCUCUUCCCCAUUUUUUUCUGUGUCACCUUAAUCCUCUUUGUUUGCAAAGCACCUUCAUAUUCAAGUCAGACUACCAGGCAAGGAAAGGCUGCAAUUUCUCUCCCUUCUUUCUCCCCUGCAGUGCCACCUCCAAUGUCCUACGUGUUUUAUUAACUCAUAUUGUUGCCUUUCAAGAGGCUUAUAAAUCUUGCUUUUUGGCCUGCAGUUUAUGAGCCUAUCUAUUUUGGAUUCUACAACACUCCUCACCAUUGUUGUGAAGCUCUUUAAUCCUCUCCCUGCCAACGUUCUUGUUCAAAUUAACCCCUGGGCUUUUGCCCUUGUGAUCACCCUUAUCACCCCUCUCUAAAAAUGAUGCAAAGUCAAAUUUAAUAUUUUGUGCUGUGCCUAGAGUGCUCUUAAUCUCUGCCCUGGCCUUGCUUGCAGCCCUGUUUCUCUCCCUGUCCUUUCUCACCAACUGAAGAACCUUUUACUGUUUCUUUGUUUUUAAAUAUCUUUGCAGGGACUUAAAGCUGUACCAGUUCUCACAUUUAUUCCUAGACUUUUUGAUCUCUAAGAUCCAACUUUCCAAGUGGUGUGACUUGAAACCUGUGCCUGCUUCUUGUAUCCUUUGUGAAGAAGGAACAUGUUCAGUUGGAGUUUCUUCUGUUCUUGUUUGGAAUGCGUUCUUAAUAAUGAAAACACCUUCUGACUCCUGGAGAACGCCUGCUGAAUUGUGCUCUCUGCAGCAAAAUCCUCUGCGCCACAGUGCAGCUGACUUCAUGAACCAGUUCCUUUUGGUCUUGAGUUUCAAAAGAACAACCUGGUGACUUGGCCUCAGAUCUACUUUUGCUUAUUCAUUCUUUUGAACUCUGAGUCUCUUAAUGAUAAUGCGGUCCAAGGUUAAUUUCUACAACCUUUCAUGUGUUCUCAUUAUGUAUGCACAAAAAUGAAGACUAAAUAGCAUCACUUUGUGUUGGUUCGUUAACUGUUUGAAGAAAUUUGUUGCGCCAUGAUAUCCAAAAGGAUCUUGGUCCUCUCGCAGUUAAUAAAUUAAAAAACAAAUGUUAAAUCAAGGAAGAUAAAACAUUUCCAGAAGGAAACCUGUCACUAUCUCUGUGCUACUGUGAGCAGCUUUCAGCAGAAGUUCUAUAAAACCACUUUUUUUUCCCCUUACUUUCCUUCUCCCAAAUUACUUGUGUGAUUCCUUCUCAUCUUAGCCUGUUCCACCACAGGCAUGUGUGCUAUCCCAUCAUCUUUGAGUUACAUGGCUUUUGGAGCAGCUUAACCUCUUUGUUCUCCUCUGCUUUGUCAUCCCUGUGUCAUCCGUAGUGUGGCUGGGAAGUAGGGAUCAUGGGUUUGAGCUUCCUCGGGCUCAACAAAGAAUUGCUUCUACGUCACUCUCUUCAUGGCUGGCCGCUCGAGCGGAGAGCGCUGCUUCAACAGUCCCAUACCUUCUGUUCACCCUCAAAGCCUGCAAUAAUCCUCACUUCUUCUCCAACUGAUGCAAGAGGUGGUUUCACAGGUGUUGGGAGGGUUUCUGGUAUGCACUUAAAGCCAUAUCUCAAGUUACAGAAGAAAGAGCGAUCUCCAGAAAUAAGCCAGGAUUCCCUGCGAGCCCCACCUAUGAGCCAUCAGAGAUCCACACAAGAAGAAAAAUACACCACCAACUGCACCAAACUGAGUGUUUUCCCGAAACCCUCCCUUGUGACUCCAUCUCGGAAGCUUCUGGGGAUUAUUUAUCCAAAUACUAUGUGCAAUAUGAAUGGGAAAGGUCCAGCGGAUGGUCCAAGUGCAAGGGAGAAGAAGAACGCCCUGUCUGCAACCAUCCACCAGGGAGAAGAAGGGGAAGGGCCUCUGGAUGUCUGGGCUGUUGUGAAACCUGGCAAUACUAAGGAGAAGAUCGCGUUCUUUGCAGCCCAGCAGUGCAGCAGCAACAACCGGCUAGGCUCUAUGAAAAUUAAAAGCACGUGGGAUAUUGACGGAAGAACAGCUAAACGCAGGAAAAAAUCAGUAGAUCUUAAAAAAGCCAAAAUUCAACUGGAAAGAAUGAGGGAGGUGAAUGCCAGGUGCUCCCAGCCGGAGCCUUUUGCCUGCGGCAUCGAGCACUGUUCAGUGCAUUACAUGAACGACAACGGCGAGGGUGUGUUCCCGGGCCGGUCCCUCUCUGUGAUAGAGAUGGUAGCUUUUCUGGAGCAACGAGCAAGUGCUUUACUGGUAGACUGUGCUAAAACCUGCACACCUGCUUCUACUACGAGGCUGAAUGCUCAGCCUAAAGGUGCGCUUCCCAGCUCGGACCCUUUCUCCUCUGCCGGGGCGUGCGAGGUGCACGCGGAGAGGGGACCUUGCAGUAGUAGCGAGCAGCAGCAGAGCGAGCCCGUGCGUGUGCUGGACAUGGUGGCCAAGCUGGAGUCAGAAUGCCUGAGGCGCCAGAGCGAGCGGGAGGCCGGGAGCCUCUCGCGGAACAACAGCUUCCGUAGAAACGUCGGGAGGGUGCUCCUGGCGAACGGCACCCAGCCCGAGGGAGAGGCGGGGAAGGUCUCCUCGGGCGUCCUGGCUCCAGGGGAUGACUUGGAGGAGGCUGGGGUGGCGGAGGCUGGAUAUGGAGGACGGUGCGGCCCUCUGGGUGACACCGAGUUGUGGGAUGGAGCUGCCUCCGCUCGGCAGCCUUUUCCUUCUGGGCUGGAUACUCGGAUGGGGAAUGUGAAUUCGGGACUUGCUCAUGCAGUGUUGGCAAUAACCGCUGGCAGGAGCGAUUCUGAAACACGAAUCGAGCCUCCCAGACCUCUGCUGUCUGCAUGUGCAGCUGCUGCCAGGUUGCCACCGGAUUCCUUGCGGAGCAAGAACGCAACUGUUGAUUGUAUGUUGAAAGAGCCUGUAAUUUUCCCAAAGCAGAAUCUGCACCCUGCGAGGAAGGAGCCCUUAUGCAUCAGUAUAUCGGUCACCAAGACCGAGAAAGGAUGCAGGAAAGAGAAGCUCUCUAACUCCAGCUCUGGUGAAGAUCUGCUCCCAGGGAGGCUGUUUUUUCUCCAGGCUGACCAGCCUGCUGCUCAUGAGCCACAGUCACUACGGGAAAGUACCCAAGAAAAGCCAGAAGUAGCCCAAAAUGAGGAUGAGGAUGCUUUGGCAUCUGACAGAUCGUGCGUCAGAAACAGCGUCCCUACAGAGCCAUCUGCCCUUUCCGUUCCUCCGACAGAAGGGGCUUUGCAAGUACUCGAUGCUUCCUGCUUAAAAAGGCAGGUUUCGCAUGACUUUCUGGAGACCAGGUUUAAAAUUCAGCAGCUUUUGGAGCCUCAGCAGUAUAUGGCCUUCCUGCCUCACCACAUCAUAGUGAAGAUCUUUGGAUUGCUUCCUACUAGGAGCCUGGUUGCCCUAAAAUGCACUUGCUACUACUUCAAAUUCAUCAUCGAAUACUACAACAUCAGGCCAGCAGACUCCCGCUGGGUCCGCGAUCCCCGUUACAGAGAAGACCCGUGCAAGCAGUGCAAGAAGAAGUACGUGAAAGGGGACGUAUCGCUGUGCCGGUGGCAUCCCAAACCAUACUGUCAAGCUUUACCCUACGGGCCCGGGUACUGGAUGUGCUGUCACCGGUCUCAGAAGGGCAUCCCAGGCUGUAAGUUAGGUCUUCAUGACAAUCACUGGGUUCCUGCCUGCCACAGCUUUAAUCGUGCUAUUCAUAAGAAAACCAGAGGAGCGGGGGCCGAAGUGGAAGAGGAAUAUUAGUGCACAUACACUUUCCUGCGAGAUUGUUUGGGGUAGGAGGAGAUUCUUAUGCCUUGUGCUGUUUACAGUGUAUAUAAUUGUCGUGGAUUUUUUGUUUUUCACAGGGCUAUGAAACUGCACAUACUUAAACACAAGAGCCUUUACCUUUUAGAUUAAAGAUAGCUUUUAGUCCAUCUAUGUAAAUAACACUAUAAAAACUAAUUGUACAUACAGAGUCUACAGCUGGCUGAACAAUGUAAUCACUACAAUGCAGCUAUGAUAGUGUUGCGGCUAUAGUUGUGUGUGUUUUUAAGUGUCUUGUUUCAAAAAUGUGUAUAUCCUGUAUAAUAUAUGAAUGUUUCUGAGAAGAAACUCUAAAUAGGUAAAGGUCAACUUGUUUAAAGAAUCUUCAGACAACUUAACUGGACAACCUUAAAAUUAGACUAGAACAGAUCCAUUAUAGUAGUGUGGCAGUGGAUAAAAAGAGGAAUAUUAUUGUAUAGUCAGAAUAUAAAAAGUUCUUGGCUACCUUACCCACGUUGUCUGGUUGUGUUUUGUUUUUUUUUUUACUUAAAUAAAAUGUGCAUUCUAGAUCUGCCUUACCUGAUUUUCUCUUGUAAAACUCUUGCCCCAAAAUAAAAAUACUGUAAA